ACACACACACACACACACACACACACUCUCUCUCUCUCUCUCUCUCUCACACACACACACACACACACUCUCACUCACUCACACACAUUCACACACUCACACACUCAGUGCCAACCCGGCUACGAGGUUGGGCCUGCGGUGCCCUGCUGCAACCCAGGACUAAAAAGACACCAUGGAGCUGGAGAACAUCGUGGCCAACACCGUGCUGCUGAAGGCGAGAGAAGGAGGGGGUGGAAACCGAAAAGGCAAGAGCAAGAAGUGGAAACAGAUGCUUCAGUUCCCUCACAUCAGCCUGUGCGAGGAGCUCCGCCAAACUAUAGAAAAAGACUACAACAGCCUGUGCGAGAGGCAGCCGAUCGGGCGCACGCUCUUCCGCCAGUUCUGCGACACCCGGCCGGAGCUGAGGCGCUGCGUCAAGUUUCUGGAUGCUGUGGCGGAGUAUGAAGUAACCCCAGACGAGAAGAGGAAGGUGUGCGGACAGGAGCUCCUCGAAAAGUAUUUAAAUCCAAAGUCAGAGGACCACGUCCCCGAGGUGGCGGAGGAGAUGGUGUCUAAAUGCGCCGAGUGCCUGGAACAGGAUGCGUGUAAAGAGCUUUUCAUGGAGUGCACCAAACUGAUCCAUGACUACCUGAGCGUGGCCCCUUUCGCCGACUACCUCGACAGCAUCUUCUUCAACCGCUUCCUACAGUGGAAAUGGCUCGAGAGACAGCCAGUUACAAAAAACACAUUCCGACAGUACAGGGUAUUGGGAAAGGGCGGCUUCGGCGAGGUCUGCGCGUGCCAGGUGCGGGCGACGGGGAAGAUGUACGCCUGUAAGAAGCUGGAAAAGAAACGGAUCAAAAAGAGGAAAGGCGAGUCCAUGGCCCUGAACGAGAAGCAGAUUCUCGAAAAAGUCAACAGUCGGUUCGUCGUGAGUCUGGCGUACGCCUACGAGACGAAAGACGCGCUGUGCUUGGUUCUCACGCUGAUGAACGGAGGAGAUCUGAAGUUUCACAUCUACCACAUGGGGGAGGCGGGGUUCGACGAGAAGAGAGCGGUGUUCUACGCCGCCGAGAUCUGUUGCGGCCUGGAGGACCUGCACAGAGAGAGGAUAGUCUACAGGGAUUUGAAACCGGAAAACAUACUGCUGGAUGACCAUGGUCACAUACGCAUAUCAGACCUGGGCCUGGCCGUGCACGUACCCGAGGGCCAGACGAUUAAAGGGCGCGUAGGCACUGUGGGAUACAUGGCCCCCGAGGUGGUGAAGAACGAGCGAUACACGUUCAGUCCGGACUGGUGGGCUCUGGGAUGUCUGCUGUACGAGAUGAUCGAGGGCCAGUCACCCUUCCAGCAGCGUAAGAAGAAAAUCAAGCGCGAGGAGGUGGAGCGACUCGUCAAAGAGGUGGCCGAGGAGUACUCCAGCAAGUUCUCGGAGGAAGCCAAGUCCCUCUGCGAAAUGCUUCUGGUCAAAGACCCCAACGAGAGGCUCGGCUGUCAGGGAGGCGCCUCGGAGGUGAAGGCUCACCCCAUCUUCCGCUCCAUCAACUUCAAACGACUGGAAGCCGGCAUGCUGGAAGCCCCUUUUAUCCCUGAUCCUCAGGCCAUCUACUGUAAGGACGUGCUGGACAUCGAGCAGUUCUCCACUGUGAAGGGGGUGGAGCUCGAGCCCAAAGAUGACUCCUUCUACAGCAAAGUGUCCACAGGCAGUGUCUCCAUCCCCUGGCAAAACGAGAUGAUCGAGUCGGAGUGUUUUAAAGAACUGAACGUGUUGACCCUGGACGGCUCCGUGCCCCCGGACCUGGACUGGAGAGGACAGCCGUCUCCUCCGCCCAAACAGGGCCUGCUGCAGAGACUCUUCGGGAGACAGGACUGCUGUGGGAACUGCAGCGACAGCGAUGAGGAGCCUACGAGGCUCUGAGGGCGUGGCCAGGCUCCAAGGCUCCUCCCCCCUGCCACCGGAGGAUCUCAUUUUGUUUACAACUUUUGCACAUUUGUAUUUUUAGGAUAGCUCUAUAUAAACAUUGGAAUGUAUAUUUUCACUAUAUAGCCAUGCGGUCGAUGUUAACAAAAGUCAAUGAAACGGGGGGGGGGGGGGG